UGCUUAAAGCUACAUUGUUAUCCUGGUCCAGCACAUCGCACCAGCUCAGCUCGGCGCACAAAAAAAAAUAAAAUAAAAACAGCAAGCAAGAAAAAAGUGCAAAAUAAUACAACGAAAAAAAUUAGAUAAUAAUAAGUGGAGAGAAUCGUGACGCAGUUAAAAGCUAAAACCCAACCCAAUUCAGCGACUACAACUAAUUCCGUGUACACUCCGUUUUUAUUGCCAGUGAGCAAUAAAAAGCCACCAGCAGCACCUGUGACCCAAGCAGCAGCAGCAGCGCAUCAUCACACCGACCAUCACAGCAACCACAACAGCAAACAACAACAACAACAUCAACAACUAAAGGCAGAAUGACAAGCAGCAGGAAUCAGAGUUUGGCUCAGAGCACAGAGACGCAGGCAAGACACAGGUUGCAGUUGCCCCAGACGCUGCAGUUGCCGCUGCCAAUGCUGUUGCUGCUGCUGAUGGUGCUGCUCCUGGUGGCGACGCCGCUGCAGCCUUGCGAGAGUCGAUACCUGCCCACAAGGUCGCAUGGCGAUGAAUUGGAUAAGUUGCGUGAGCUCAUGCUGCAGAUUUUGGAGUUGAGCAAUGAGGAUCCACAAAACCAACAACAGCAGCAGCAGCAACAGCAGCAACCGCUACAGCAACACCAAAUGCGUCUGCACAACGAGGCCAACAAUCCGUUGAAUGGUCAGCAGCGUGCCUCGAAUGCCGCCUGGCUCCAGAAAUUGGGGGCAAUGGGCGCUCUAGAUACCGAGGGUGCCUACGGACGCUACUAAAGACCCCCAACAACGGAACCAAACGAAACGGAAC